AUGGCCAUACCUAUCAUCUUGAUCGAAUAUUUACUAGAAAAGAAUAUAAGUGUCAUGCUGAUGACCAACACCCCUUGUAUCGGUAUUGCUAGGGUUGGGUACGAUCACGGGUUACCCGAUCGUAACUGGCGUCGAAGUGAAGUGGUGGCAGUGCCUGGUACGAUACACCAGCGCCAAGUGAGUGUUCUGUCUAAGUGGAAACGAACAAGACCCCGUAUAACUGAAAGUGGCCACGACAAUAAGCAAUACUUAAAUAUUGUUAACCUUGAUAGCAUCUCCAUGCCCACUCCAAUCUGUUCACGUGUUUUUAAUAAAAUAGAGGAAAUGAAUCCAGAUAUCUCUAUUAAUGUUUGGGAAUGGGAUGAGGAAACAGCUACUCCAAAAUCUGUAAUUGCUAAUAAAAACUAUAAUAGACAGCAUAUUAUUUACUUUAUAGCGCUUACUGAUUUUACUAAAAAUGAAGAUGAUAUAUAUGAUACAAAGUAUCAUAGUAAAAAGCAUCUUUGUAAUCGAUGCUUUCAAAGCUGGUCCUCAGAAAAUACUUUAGCCUAUCAUCAAGAACAUUGUUUUGGUUUGGGAGAGGCUACUCAAAGAGUUAAUUUGUCAGUAAAAGGCGUCAAUGACUUUGAAAAGUUCAAGAACUAUGGGCGAAUGAUCAAUGCGCCAUGUGUUAUAAUAGCUGACUUUGAGGCUGAUAACAAAAAAUGUGAUAAAGCAUAUGGAAGAAGUAUGCACAAACUUAUGAAACAAAAGGCCAAUAGCUUUUGUUAUCUAGUCCACUGGAUUGAUACUGGUGAUGUAUGGGGGCCUUUCCUAUACAGAGGAGAAAAUGCCAUACAAGAAUUUGUUAGGCAGAUUGAUCAAGAAUUGGUUAAUAUAAAUAGGGUCUUAGCUUACAAAGCAGACCGAAUUGAGACCGAGGAAGACAAAAAGAGAUUUUCUGAAGCAGUUUGUUAUUGGAUUUGCAAAGAUAAUUUUAAUAUAAAUACAGACGAAAUCAAGCGAUUAGAAAAAGAAAUAACUAGUCUUAAAGUAAAGUUAGAAGCAUUAGAAUAUAAUAGUAUCCAAACAACUAUUGAUAAAAUGACUAAAGCAAUUGCUAGUAAAAAAGCUAAGGCUGAUAAGGUUUGGAACCACUGCCAUAUAACAGGUUAUGAUUCCCAUCUAGUCUGUGAAUCUGUUGGGCGUUCUGUUAAUGCACAACAAAUCAAGGUUAUAGCUAAAACAUUUGAGCGCUAUAAGUCCAUGAAAGUAGGUCAGUUCAAGUAUAUAGAUAGCCAACAGUUUAUGAACAAUAGCUUGGCUAAUCUUAUGAAAAAUUUGGGCACCAACUACCCAAUCACAAGCCAGCACUAUAGAGACUAUUCCCCAGAACAAAUAGCACUAGUAUAUCACAAAAGAGUAUACUCCUAUGAGUAUAUUGAUUCUUAUGAUCGAUUUUUAGAGACAGAGCUUCCACCUAUUUAUGAAUUCCAUGGGCGCCUUAAUGGUAAAAUCUCUCAAAAAGACUAUGAUUAUGCACAGAAAGUCUGGAAAGAGUUUGGCUGCAGAAACUUAGGUGAUCAUUAUGUCUCUGCACCGGCUUUAGCAUGGGAUGCUAUGCUUAAAAUGACAGGAGUCAAGAUUGGGCUCUUUACAGACAUGGCUAUGCAUGAUUUCAUAAAAAAGGCUAAGCGUGGUGGGAUAGCUAUGGCUUGUAAGCGCUAUCUCAAAGCAAAUAAUCCUAAGAUGGCAAUGAGUCAGUACUUACCUAUUGGGGGAUAUGAAUGGCUAGCAAGUCGAAAAUAUUUACUUAAAAAUCCAGAUAAGCAAAAACAAUUUCUUGAUAUAAUUCUUAAGACUAAAGUAGGCGCCAAGCAGGGUUAUUACUUAAAUAUUAAGGUGCAUUUUCCUAAAAAGACUCAUGACUAUUUAAGUGAUUUGCCACCAGCUGUAGAAAAUAUUGCAUUACCUAGAUGGUGGACACUUUUUAGAAACAGAAAAAUUAGUUCCACACCUUGGGCCACGAAAAGACUACGUAAUUCAUUACCAGGAGCUUUAAUAUUAUGUAAAGCUAGGAAUAAGAAACGAAAUGAAGCUAAAAAAGCUGGUAAUACCUUUCUGAGUGACUUCUUUAAGCUUAUGAACAAUUCUGUAUAUGGCAAAACUAUAGAGAAUGUUCAUAAAUACCAGGAUUUUAAGCUUAUGACCAUGAAUAAUGAGCAAGAUGAAAAGAAGUUCAUUAAACAA